AAACUGAGAAUUGAGAAAGAGAGAGAGAGAGAGUAAACUAAAAACGGGGACGACUUUUGUGGAGCGGUGAGAGUGUUCAAGUGUCGUGCAUGCAUUUUAUGCAUCUGUUGCUUUGCAUGCACUCUCUCUCCUCUUUCUCUCUCUUCUUUCUCUCUCUACACAAAAUAAUACAGUCUCAUACGCCUCCACGCGUUCUUCUUCUUAAUAACUCAAACAAUCAGCCGUUUUCUCUCUUUCUCUCUCUUUUUUCACUGGUAACCGCCGAGUUGACUCGUUUCUUCUCCUCCCGAUUACCUCUGCCUUUAUCUAUAUAUUUUUAUGUAUAGUGGGUUUAGGUUUGGGUUAAAUUCGAGUGAAUAACCAGAGCAGAGCUGGAGUUUUGGGUGUUUUGAUAUGUGAAAACCUGUUCUUGUGUGUUUCGAGAUUUGGGCUCGUGAAUUUGGAAGACCCCAGGUCCAGGGUAUUGGGAAGGAUUCCAAUUUGGCUUAAUGGGGACUAGGAUUUGCAUGAAUGCUUCGUGUGGUUCGACCAGGACGCUCGAAUGGAAGAAGGGGUGGACCCUGCGAUCUGGUGGAUAUGCUCAUCUCUGCCAUAGUUGCGGAUCUGCCUAUGAAAAUUCAAUUUUUUGUGAGAGAUAUCAUUUAGAGGAAACUGGUUGGAGAGAUUGCAGUUCAUGUGGCAAGCGUCUCCACUGUGGAUGCAUAGCCUCUAAGUCUUUGUACGAGUGCCUCGACUACGGGGGCGUUGGGUGUAUUAGCUGUGCGAACAGUUCUCGACAACGCUCAAUACAGACUGAUGAAACAGCUAAAGGAUUUGGUGGAUCAAGUGAUGCUGGUGAGUCACAAUCGACUAUAGUUCAGACUAGGGUAGUCAGUGAUGCUGUUGAUGAGGGAAGAUUGAUGCAGCUGUGUAAAAUAAUGGAAGCUAAUGAACCCAACAUCUUGCCUCGAUUUCAGAGAUCUGAGAUAAAUGCCUUCAGUCAAACAAAGCGAGAUGGCAUCAUGCAUCAAUUGGGAGAUGUUGGCCGAGAAUUUUCAAGUUUGAGUCAGUCAUCUAUUGGAUCAUUAACAUUUUCUAAACCAGACAAUAACAAAACAGUGCUAGAGGUUAAAGAUAGCCAUGAGUCUCAUCUUCAGCCAUCUUUGAAUAUGACUUUGGGAACCCCUUUGAGGACUUCAAGUUUUGUACUUCCUUUUUCUGGUGGGGCUGUUGAUGGGAGAGAACUGAGCAAAACUCCCUCGCCCUCUUUUGAACCACAUAGAACUCGACCUAUACUGCCUAAACCUUUUAAAUCUGGCCUCAAUGCGAGUUCAGAGUCAAAUAAAGGUGUUGUUACUCACAUGCGCAUAGCUAGGCCACCUGGUGAUGGUCGGGGCAAAAACCAGCUACUUCCACGAUACUGGCCAAGGAUUACUGACCAGGAGCUGGAGAAAUUAUCUGGAGAUUUGAACUCCACUAUUGUGCCACUGUUUGAGAAGGUGCUAAGUGCAAGUGAUGCUGGUCGAAUUGGUCGAUUGGUUCUUCCAAAAGCAUGUGCUGAGGCAUAUUUUCCUCCUAUUUCUCAAUCAGAAGGCCUUCCAUUAAAAAUUCAAGAUGUGAAGGGAAAUGAAUGGACUUUUCAGUUCAGAUUUUGGCCCAAUAACAACAGCAGGAUGUAUGUUUUAGAAGGAGUGACUCCUUGUAUGCAGUCUAUGCAACUUCAGGCUGGUGAUACAGUAACAUUUAGUCGGAUAGAUCCUGGAGGCAAGCUUGUAAUGGGAUAUCGAAAGGCAUUGAACAAUAAAGAUGUGCAGGAAGCACAAACACCUAUUCUUCCCAAUGGCACUCUUGGAGAGACUUCGUAUUCUGGUGGUGGAACAGAGAAUUUGUCGACUGGAAAUGGGUACUCUGGUCUCCUCCAGACAAAUAAAGGAAGCAAGGAGUCUCGUGUAAAUGCUAUGCCAGAACAGUUGCAUUUGGUUGAUGGGGAUCUUGGGCUUCACAAAACUGAAACUAAUGGUUGCCACACAAAUGAAGAUUCACUACAGCAGCAAGUAUCUAAGUUGGAGAAGAAGAGGACUCGUAAUAUUGGGUCUAAAAGUAAGAGGCUGCUUAUGCAUAGUGAAGACGUGCUAGAGCUGAGAUUGACAUGGGAAGAAGCGCAAGACUUGCUUCGUCCUCCCCCAAGUGUGAAGCCAAGCAUUGUGACCAUUGAGGACCAUGACUUUGAAGAAUAUGAUGAGCCACCGGUUUUCGGAAAGAGAACGUUAUUUGUUUCCAGGCCAUCUGGGGGCCAAGAGCAAUGGGCGCAGUGUGAUGAUUGCUCUAAAUGGCGGAAGCUGCCUGUGGAAGUGCUCCUCCCGCCGAAGUGGACUUGUCCAGACAAUGCUUGGGAUUCAAGCAGGGGUUCAUGUUCUGCACUUGAGGAGAUAAGCUUGAAGGAAUUGGAGAAUCUUUUAAGAUCAAGUAAAGACCUUAAGAAGCGAAGAACCACAGAGAGCAAUAAAAUGACCCAGGAACACGAGCCAUCUGGCUUAGAUGCUCUGGCAAGUGCUGCAGUGCUAGGAGAUAAUGUUGGUGACUCCGGUGAACCAUCAGUUGGAGCUACCACCAGACAUCCCCGACAUCGCCCAGGUUGCACUUGUAUUGUUUGCAUUCAGCCCCCAAGUGGAAAGGGCAAACACAAACCCACAUGCACAUGCAACGUCUGCAUGACCGUGAAGCGUCGCUUCAAAACCCUCAUGUUGCGAAAGAAGAAGCGCCAAUCAGAACGUGAUACAGAGGCUGCACAAAAGGAUGAUAACCAAUGCAAGGAAGUAAGAGAAACAAAUGGCACCUCUAGAGGUGCAUUGUUGCUUAUAAAUCCUUCGGAGAACGAAGCAAUCCAGAGCCUAGUUCAAGCUGAUGUUGCCGAGACCAGUGCAGGCCAAAUUGACUUGAACUGCCACCCCCGUCGUGAAGACAUGCAACUGGAGGUUCCAGAACUGAUGAUGAUGGGCAUUGUCCAAGCGGCAAGUUGUCGGUUAGAAAAUUAUAUGAAGCAAAUUCCUAGUAUGAUGUACGAACAGCAGCCUACUCUUAGCUCUUCUUUACUCGGAAAAAGUACUGGGGACAGUGGUAGAGACCUGUCUGAUGAGGGGUGUCGUGCAUCUGUUUGGGAGCGAGAGAGUAGAGUUGAUGGAGUUUACCGUGACCCUAAAUUAGACUGAAAGUUAAAUUAUGUUCUUCUCCGAAAAUGAAAGUAAGUUUGUUUUCUUUUACUUUUAUAUUACAAACAUGAAGCGUAUACACAGUCGGUCUCUGUCGUUGGAGAAUACAUAUCAUCGUUCUUUGGUUCUUUUCGUUCA